GGACUCAACAAUUGGAGUGAAGGAGUUCUAGACAUUCGACUAGGACAUCUCCGAUUGUUGUCGCCGGCAAAUAAUUGUCUUUGCAAGUUUGAAAUAAAGAUUAUAUUUGUCAAUUGCUCUCCUAGAGCGUGACAACGACACCAUGUCGCAGACCGCCGGAAAAACACGUCUUGCCUAUUCGCGAACAUGGCACUACAUUGAUGUCGGUGCAGACUCGCGAUCCCUCGGCCGUCUUGCCUCCUCAAUCGCACUCCAUCUCAUGGGCAAACACAAGCCCAUCUACGACCCAUCCACGGAUUGCGGCGACUAUGUCGUUGCUGUGGGAUGCCAUGAUUUACAUACUACCGGUAAAAAGCGCCUGCAGAAGAAAUACUACACGCAUACGACUCGGCCGGGUAGUUUGAAGAGUAUGACUAUGGAUAAGAUGUUUGAGAAAUGGGGUGGUGGUGAGGUUUUGAAGCGGGCUGUUCGGGGAAUGUUGCCUAAGAAUCGGUUGAGGGAUAAGAGAUUGGCGAGGCUGAAGACAUUCGAAGGCCUUCAGCACCCUUACAAGAAGAAUAUUGUCAAGAUCGCCGGUACCAGUGUGCUAGGCAACCUACCCGAGGUCAAACAAGCAUUCCAAGAGGCCAAACAGACAGCCGAGUCAGCGUCGGCUUCUCAAUGAUUCGUCUAACAUGUACAACAUAUAUAUUGUUCUUCUUUCGUGAAAGUCUUGUCCUCUUUUCUGGGUUACUUCAAAGCGCAUGGAUGGAGUCUUUGGCAUUUUUUUCCCUUUCCUCUCUGUUACGUCUUAUCCGUCGUGGCAUCUACUUGUAUUCUAGAUCCUCAAUCCGGUGCUACAAAUAUAUUGUAUAUCGCAAGCAUUACGAUAGACAAUCUUUUGGAGAGAAAAGAAUUUUGGAUUGAUAGAUAUAUACAUUAACCAUGCAACAGAUAACGCCCGCAACACCCAUUCUAAGCAUUUAUGAAGAGAUAUCUGAAAAGCUCAAAGCUUGGGCCUGGAAGUGCGAGCUACAGUGCACUUGAUAAGUCCAUUGGGCCCUGACUGGGGAGCGAAAACCUCAGCAUCCUUGCCUGUGUUCUUGAGACCCUUGUG